AUGGGUGGGGAUAUGAAUACUAAAGACUAUCAUGCCUGCAUUAAGUACAGAAGGAAAUGCAACAGUAUUCAUAUAAUUCAAGAUGUUGACGGAAAUUGGAUCAAUGAUUGUAAGGGUAUUGCUAGGAAUGCUGUGAAUUUUUUUCAAGACCUUCUUACUGACUCUCAGUCUACUCCAAUACAUGUGGAUCCACAAUUCAUCCAACAGGAACUGAAUUAUACUAAGGAACUCCAACUUGCCUCCAUGCCUACUGAUUUUGAAGUUUGGGAAGCUCUCAAGAGUAUUGAUAGCUCUAAAGUGGCUGGUACUAAUGGCUACACUGCUGCAUUUUAUAAAAAAGCAUGGACUAUUAUAAAGGAGGAAGUGGUUGCAGCUAUUCAUUGUUUCUUCCAAGGAACUCCCCUCCCCAACUAUUUCUCCUCCUCUAGCUAUGUUCUCAUUCACAAAACUGCUGGAAGCAAUAAUUGGAAUCAGUACAGGCCUAUAAUUCAUACUUUCUUCUUCAACAAGAUCAUAAGUGAAGCGUUCGUGAGUCUUGACUUGCUGAUGGCCGGAAUCGUUCAAGCUUUUGUCCUUGAGGUAGCUGGAGGAAGCCCAAUUCAAGCACAUGGUAAAGUGACCAUGGGUCUUUCGAUUGUCUACCAAGGUGCACCCAUGACAAGAUUUAGUGGUUCCCGUUGGAAGCCAAGUGAAGGAAUUGGAGGCAAAGCUAGCGACCCUGAGGAUGGAACACUUGGCAAAGCUGACAGCUCUGAAGGCAGAGAUGAACAAUCUUCAGACAACCUCUAA